UAGUGUUAAUCAAUUCCCGUUUUUUUAUGCAUUUUGUAUUUAAAUAAAUACACACUGUAAAUUAAAAAAAAAAUAAUUACAAGAAACUGGACUCAAAAUUAUUAUCAAUAGACAUUAAAAUCAAAUUAAGUAAUUUGAAUUAUUCCUAAAGUUUUUAACGUUUUCAACGUAAAAGUUUUUCAAAAAGUGAGGAAAUUUAAGAAUUCUUUAUAAUUGAAGCUCCACUUUUAAUGGUAAAGACAAAAACGAAAUCGUGUUUUUGACACAUUACAAAAUAGAAAAUAGAUCUCAGAGAAAUAAGACUUUUACGUUAAUUUGAAAAUUCAAUAAUGUCGUUAAAAAGAGCUGGUUCCGUAAAAACAUUGAAGAACUUAAAACGCACCAGAAAUGAGGAUUCAUGGGAAAGAAAUCGAGUCAAAACAGCUCGGAAUUUGGGACAAGCGUACACAUCAAAAUCGGGUGCAAGUGUUCCGGAAAAGAAAUUUGUCCCCGUCGAGGAUGCGUGCUGUAAAAAGGAAUGUUUUCGUUUUGUCGACGGUGACAGUCAACGUGCAUUGUUUGAAGUAUUUUGGCAAAGCGGCGACUAUGUCACGCAAAAUACAAUUAUUGCCACUGGAUUAAUGAAGAAAAAACGUCAAGACCCACUAACAACGGACACAAAACGUGACGAUUGGAAUUAUUAUUUCAAUCAUCCACUCUACGAUGAGCGUGUUGCCGUUUGUCGUAAAUUUCUCCUCAAUUUAUUGAAUCUCAGUCAGGGAAGAUUUUACACCGUUCAACAAAAAAUGAUUGCCGGCGAGAUAUUAACUGACAAACGUGGAAAACAUAAAAAGCACGUUGUCAAAUUAACCGAUAUGGUGAAAGAUUUAAUUCUCAAACAUUGCGAGAGUAUGCCACAUUCUUCCGUUUGUUAUAAGAACGGUGAGGUUAAAUUAAAUUAUUUCAACAGUGCCGAAUUAAAUUUAAAACGAUUGUACGAAUCAUUUCUCGAUUAUUAUGCGGCAAUAACGGAGGAAGCUGAAAUUCCUCUCAAUUUAAGUACCUACAGUUAUUAUUUCAAUCACAAUAUUAAUUAUACUUUUAGAUCAGCAAUCAAAACGGAACAUGCCGUUUAAAAGUUAGUAAUCUAGCGUCACUUUUUUAUAAAAUAUUUUUUUGUAAACAAAAUUUUCUUCUUAUAAUGAAAAUGUACUUUCAAAUUUUCUUCUUUGUGUAAAAAAAAACGUUCAGUUCAAACUAAUAUAUUGUAAAAUUAAUAUGACAAGCAAAUAAAUUAUCUCCUUCAUAAA